UUUCCUCAUCAUAUGAGUUUGGUGAUUUGCAAAAAGCAAAAUCCACUCAAAGCAAGUUUAGAAAUGGCGAUGCAACUACCAUGCAUCAAACACAAAUAUCGGAAUUGCAAUCCGAGCUUAUUCGAGUUCAUGGUCAUUACCGACAUUUAAAAGGGUUACAUGAUAAAAUGUAUCAGGAAUUGGUUACUGAUUUUAUUUCAAAAAAAAGAGCUGAAGAAAACUAG